AUCAUCCAAAGCCGCGCCCGCAGUCAAACGCGCGAGCACACGACGCCGCCCGCAUCUCUCCGCAACUCGCCCGGGCGUCGCAGUCGCCAAUCGCACGCAGCCUACCGGUAGAAGCUCAGCAGCUCCUGAGCUCCAUCCACACCCACUCCACUCCACUCCUCUUCACUCCACCUGCCCUCCAUCUCCCAGUCCGCCAUGCGCCUCAUCCGAGAAGCGCGCCGCCUCGAGUGCGAGAACCAGCGCCGCGAGUCGCGCCGCUCGCACCUCAAGAAGUGGCUCGACCUGAGCCACGGCCACAACAGCAGCGACGAGGAUCAGACCCCCGAGGACCACAAGCAGCAGGGCGAGGACCAACAGCAACAGCAGCAGCAGCAGCAGCAGAACCGCCACCUCUCCAUGCCCUUCGGCCUCUCCGUAGCUCGCCGCGCCGCCACUGUGUCCCCUCUGGCCCCGAGUCUCAAGAAGUCGCAGUCCCCUCUAGCCGUCAAGUGGAGCUCCUACAUUGAAGCCAUGGGGCUCAAGGACACGAGCGCCAAGCAGCGCCGCGUGCGCUUCACGGAGCAGGACGCGGAGGAGUUCGAGCGCCCCGUGUGCUCCGAGGAGGAGAAGGCCUGCUACCACUACUCGGCCGAGGAGCUGGGCGAGAUGGAGACGCUGGCCAAGCAGCUCGUGCACCGCGAGUCGCGCUUCGCCGGCCAGCCGGAGGACACGAUCCUGGAGCAGGGCUUCCUCAGCCUGUCCGUGAACGCGCCCUUCUUCCAGCACCGCCGCUACUACUGCCUGCUGCGCGGCCACAGGCUGCAGAUGUUCAACUCGGCGGCGCACGCGGCCAGGAACUCGGGGCUCAAGGCGCAGCUCACGGUGCUGCGCGUGCAGGACUGCCAGACGCUGUCCAUGCAGAAGAAGUUCGCGCUGUUCGGGGCCUCGCUGCCCACGCAGUUCGGCCUCAUGUUCUACGUGAUCAAGGCCAACGGGGAGCGCGUCAUAUUCACGGCGGACAGCAAGAGCUCCAAGCGGAACUGGUUGCACUCGCUCACGAGACUCACGUACGUGGGGGAAGGCGAGUGCUACACCAACACGCCCCCGCUGCGCACGCGCUCCUGCUCAGCGCCCACAGCGCCGACGUGCAUGCUCCCGCCCGUUCCAGAAGCCGAGCCGGAGGAGGAAAUGCACGACGAGAUCAUCCCGACCUUCGGAGCCAUCGAGGCGGACAGGAGGAAUAGCUGCACCGCCGUCUUCGGCUGA